AUGACCAAGAAACACUCAAAGAUUAUCGAAACAGCCCCUUCCCAUCUGGAACACCUGUCUCCGCCCUCGUCAAGAAGAGGUUCUGUCGAGGGCCCUGAGGAGACACCGGUCAAGACUUUUGACGACCUGCUGGCCUUUGAGCAGGAUUUGGCCCACGAAACCUGGGACAAUGAGUACGACAAUUUUCGUCUGGAGCUUCGGUAUCUUCCGCCUUUUAUUCUGAGCUCGAUCCACAACAAUUUGGAGCAGAUCAAGCCAACCAUGAACUCACGCUCCAAAAAGUUUGUGAGACACCUGAACCACCACAUAAAACGACACCUGCUCACGGAAAUCAACCACUACAGCGGCGUCGACUACCACUUCGAUAAAGCCGUGGUGGAGCACAUGCCCGACGGCAAGGUGCUCUUCCACCUGCACGACUACUCGGACCACGGCUACGGCGAGGAAGCAGACAAGUUCCACAGACGCUGGACGCUUGACCUGGACGUCAUUUGCAACCCGGAGAACCCACACAAAGAUGGAGGUGAUGAACGCCCAGUAGGGGGUGUAAAAGCCGCAACUAGGGGUGAUGUUCACCAGCCCGACAACAGCACCCUCGCACGCGGCCACCAGACUCCAACGGCCCUCCAUGAGGUAGUCCACGACGGUGAAGGUGAAACUGGCCACCGAGGCGGCGAUCUGCGUGUUGGCCAUGAUGUAGCCGGUUCUCGUGUUGACUGCCAGCAGCGUUCCCGAGUUGAAGCACAGCCACGUGCACCAGAUCACAGACACACCGAUAAACGUGGCGAUCACGUUCUGAGGCUUGUAGUCGUUGUUCGUGGUUGGGUCUUUCCAGUACUUUCUCUUGCCCACAAACAGCGAAAAGGCCAGAGAAGCAACACCGGAAGCAAUGUGCACCGGUCCUCCGCCAGCAAAGUCCAAUGCGCCCAGGUUGUACAGCCAGCCGUUGCCGGCCCAUGUGGCGUAUGCGAACGGACAGUAGCACACCGUGCACCAGAUGAAGCCAACCACCAGCGACGGCACAAUGCGUGCACGCUCAGCAAUGGCUCCGACGAAAAUCUGCACGGUUGCAAUUGGGAAAAACGCCGAGAAGGUGAAGUAGAUGAUGGACGGAAUGGUUCCGCCUUCAAUAAACGGGCCGGCGCCCAGCUUGGCAAGCGCACCAAGCGUGAAGUUGCCGCAAACGUGCGAUGGAGACACCGAAACGGCCAACGAGUAGCCAAACAAAAACCACUGGAUCGUGAUGGUGCACGUGACCAUGUACGACUGGAACAGCAUCUGGAUGAUGUUCUUCUUCUUGAGCAUUCCUCCAUAGAAAAGGCCAAUGGCCGGGGUCAGGAUCAUGACUCCCACGGUACAGAACAUCACGUAGCCCAUGUCUGCGGCGACGAAGGUGGACGUUUCGCUGGCGAGGUUGUCGAGCGAGUCGCGCUUGGCGGCCAUCAACAGCUCGGCAGAGGCGAGCCCUGA